AUGGUUGUAAAGAGAAAAGAAACUACUAAAGUUGCUACUACUACCACUUCAACCACCAAAACCAACAAUACAUCUAAAAAUGUAGAAACAACAAAGAAAUUAAAAAAUGAUGAAAACGAUGAUCUUUCUAAAUCAAUUUUGGCAUUGGGAAAUGAUUAUGAUGACGAUGAUUUAAAGUUUCAAUCGAAAUACUAUAAUGAUGACGAUGAUGAUGAAGAAGAUGAUCAACAAGAUAGUGAUGACGAUGAUGAUGUAGAGAUGGAUGAUGAAUUGGCAGGUGAUAAUGACUUUGUUGAUGAUGACGAUGAAGAGAUGCUGGAUGACAGCGAGCGAACCGUUGGCGGUGGAACUAUCACCAAGGAGUACAACGAGGCAACCGACAAGCGAUAUGCCAACCUUCGUGUAAAGAGCACCGACAGCACCGAGCAAUCGAGAGCACCAACCACCGAAGAGAUGCAAGAGUUUCGUGAGACACAAGAUCUCUUCAAUUCCAAUCUGUUCCGUCUGCAAAUCAACGAACUCUUCCGUGAGAUCAAAGUGAACUACACCAAGACAACCGCAUUGGAAUCUGCACUCUACCAACUAAAAGAAAUCGUUGAAUCAAUACCAGAUCAAAUUGUUAAUGUUUAUAGUAAUAAUGUAGAGAGUGUUAAAUUGUUGGAUAUAACAGGUGAGGAUUUGCAAUUGGAGUUUCAAAAACCAUCGGCUGUCGAGAUUAUCGGUAGUUACAUGUUGAAGACGGUGACCAAGUCGAAUCCAAACGUCGAUAUGGCAGUGCAGAUUCCAGAGAGUUGCUUUACAAAGUCCGAUGCUAACAACUUUAAGUACUUUACGAAGCGUAAUCUCUAUGUUUGGACAUUGGCACAGGCAAUAAAGAAGCACAGCAGAUUCAGCAACGUUCAAUUCACCAACUUCAACGGUGAUUCAAACAAACAGAUUCUCGUCGUCAGACCAAACGCAGAUCCAGCAUCGGGUGCACACACUCGUUUCACCAUUAGAAUCAUUCCAUAUAUUUCGAAAUCACAAUUCAGAAUCGACACAAAGUUCAACCCGAAUGCCAACUGUAUCUUUACAAACAACGAGCAACAACAACCAACCAGUAACACCAACAAUACAGUUUACAAUGUCAAUACAUACAAAGAUAAUGAUAUAGUAUUAACACAACUACCAACAACAACAACAUCUACAACCAAUUCAAAGAAAGAAAACAAAAAGAUAUUUGAAUCAAUUCAAAGAUCAGCAUUUUAUAAUAAUGCAGUGUUGGAAGAUGCUUUGUUUUUCGAUCAUAUGAAUCUAUUGAAUGAGAAGAUUAGAAAUGCACCAGUGUUGAUUGAUACCAUUCAGUUGUUGAAAUCAUGGUUGUUGGUAAAGAAUAUUCCAACCAUUAAUAGUUUCCAUCUUUCAAUGUUGGCUGCCUAUCUCUACAGUAUCGGUCGUAUCAACAAGGCAAUGAGUACCUAUCAGGCAUUCCGUAUGACUCUUGUAUUCAUCUCCAAAGACUUUAACAAACCAUUGGAAUUCAAAUUGGAAAAGAAUUCAACAUUGAAACAAGGUGAAUACAUGGAAUCAUUCCAAAAGCUAUAUCCAGUUAUCUUGGUCGAUCAAUCCGGUUUAUUAAACAUAUUCUCAAGAGUUACAUCAUGGGCAUUUAAAGAAUUACAAAAUGAAGCUGUUAAAGCAUUAAAGAAUUUAGAUAGUGGUGACGGAUUUGAAGAUAUCUUCUUGACAAAGAAUCAUCCAUUGUUAAACUAUGACUAUCUUAUUAAUAUAAAGUUGUCAAAGGAAUGUAAUUUGAAGGUACCAACUAAUGAUUACUUCCAGGAGGAGUUGUAUACCGAUCAUUCGAUCUAUCGUUCACUCUACAGAUCAUUGACUAAUCGUGCUCGUUCCAUUAGCGUUGUGUCACAAGCCGAGCCAGUCUGCUGGGAUAUCAGUCAACCCAUUCCAGAGUCGUACAAUCGUAUUGUGCAGGUUGCCAUCCAGUUGAAUCCAGAUCACUGGCUACGUCUUAUCGAUAUGGGUCCAUCGGCAGACCACCGUGACGCCGCCAAGUUCCGACAGGUCUGGGGUGCCAAGUCACAGCUACGUCGUUUCAAAGACGGUUCGAUUCACGAAGCCGCUACAUGGACACCCAAAGACGGACUACGUCAUCUCGUCGUUGAGGACAUUGCCAAGUACAUCUUGGGUCACCACCUCAAGGUGCCAGCCGCCAACAUCCAGUCGUUGAUUACCAAGUUCGAUCGUGUUCUCCACUCUGGUGCAGCUCUUGAAGAUCACACACUGAGCGCUAUCAAAGCAAAGGGCAAGCUACAACAGGAAAUCAACUCACUUCAACUGCCUUUGAAGAUCCAAGAGUUCACCGCAAUGAAUCCCGCGCUCCGUUACACCAGCGUCGCCACCAGCUACGAUCCAUCGUACAGCCAAAACACACCGAUCGAAAUCCUCUUGCAUUUCGAACACUCGCGAUUCUGGACUUCCGAUAUCGAUUCUAUCCACGCUCUAAAGACAGCGUUUAUGCUAAAGAUUGCCAAGGAGUUGGAUGCCGAUACCUAUCGACCGCAGCUGACUGAAGACUACUUGGAUGUUCGCACCGACGGAUUCCUCUUCCGUCUGAUUCCAUACUACUCGAAGGAGACCGAACACUUCACAUCGAGACACGCCGAUAAACAAAAGAAGAUGAUGUACUUCCAACGCUCCUACCUACACCAUCAACACAUCCAAGCACUGCACACCAGUUAUCCCUCGUACGGUGCUGCCACCCGUCUAGCUUUAAGAUGGGUACAUUCCAACCAUUUCACAUCGACCAUUAAACAACAAACAAUCGAAUUGAUAAUGGCACAUAUCUACAAACAUGUUCAACUCAAUCGUGCUUCGAACGACACCGAGAAUAAUCAAGUGGACUAUCCAGUCACCCCGGUACUUGCUUUCUUCCGAUUCCUGCACUUAGUUGCUCACCACGACUGGAGCGAACAACCGAUGAUCGUUGACUUUACUGAUUCUCUGAGCUUGGCCGAUGUCAACUCGAUCAAAGCAAUCUUUGAACAACAAAAGUCGGUCAACAACCUACCACUCUUCUUCAUUGCCACCGACAAAGACCGACCCUCUGUAUGGUGGAAAGAUGUCAACUCUCGUGAUGUAUCCGUUCGUGAGAGAUUCGUAACACUCGCCAGAGAAUCACUCGAGUUGAUCAACUCCAACUUUAACGACAGUCAAUUCGAUUGGCUAUCGAUUUUCCAACCAUCGUACACCGAAUACAAUGUUAUUCUAACACUCAACAAUCAAUAUAUAACCAAUUACGAUAGAGAAAUUAAUCAACUUAUUAAUUCAACAACAUUACCAACACAAUCCACCAUUCAACAACAACAAGUUAAAUCAAAUAUUAACAACAAUACUACUCCAGUAAAUCCAUAUGCCAAAGUAAACCCACUAUCACUUAUUAAAAAUCUAAAAUCAACACCAGCACAAACAACAACAACCAAUGAUAAACCAACCGCUACAACCACCACCGCCACCAAAACAAAUAUUGUCUCAAUCACCAAAACAAAUAACAAUUUAAUUCCAGGUUUGAAUAUCGUGGAGGUAUUCAUUAAUAAGUUAAACGACAGAUUCAAUGAAUACUGCACCUUUAGCUAUGAUGGAGUUGGAGGUGAUAAAAUUGGAAUUAAAUGGAACACUUCACUAUUGGAACCACAUUCAUUAAAACCAUCGAAAUCACAAUAUACAAUUCCACUUAUUGGUGAAGGCUUAGUUAAAUUAAAUACAUUUGAAUUAGUACAUGAAAUUCAAAAGGUUGGAGGUAAACUAAUUAAGAGCGUUGCAUUCAAUCAAAAGGAUCAAAUUAAACUAAAUUAA